CCUCAUCUGACACAUUGAUUCGUCUGUCAUAGUAAGUACGAUCGACGACGUCAUCGAUCGGCGUCUCCACAUUAAAAUGGCGGCCGCGGAGAUCCAAGUUGUAAAUCCAUCAAAUUUAACAAAAAUAGAAAGUUUUCUCAAUGAUCCUAGUUAUAAAGAAAUUAUUGAAAACUCGUCUACAUUUAACUCCCGAUUAUGUGCCGAAAGAAGGAUGCGGAUGCCCUUUAUCGACACCCAAACCGGUGUCGCACAGAGCCAUUCCAAUUUAUUCAUGACCAGAAAACAAAGAAUGCCCGGUGCAAGAGAAGGACAACUCUACACAUAUCCUUCACAAAGGUGGAGAAAAGCUCGCCGCCAAUAUUUGACAAUGUCUUCGACGAGAUGGGGUUGGAGUUCUGUAGACGCAACAGAAAAUAUAGGUGAAGGAGAAAACAGUUCUGGUAUACCAGAUGGACUUAUGGGGGACGACAGCAGAGAUGGAUCACAGAGUGCCGCUAAAGAUGACCCUAAGGAAUGGUUCUAUGAUGAGCUAGCGAUGGAGGAGAUGGAGACGGGCGAGGAGCCCGAUCCCGAGUCCGACGAGGACUACUACGACGACACAUAUGCCAAUCGGCGCAAGCGACGCGGAGCUGCACCCACCGGGCCCGGCUCGCGCGGAGGGCGGGUGCGCAAGCCUCUGCCAGACGACACACCCGUCAAGCGCGGACGAGCGGGUCGCGGACGUAAACGCGCCGGUCAAGGUAGUCUCUUACCCUACGAGGUUCCCGGCGAUAGUGAGAAACCGUUUGGAUGUGAACUUUGCGGCGCCAAGUACAAGACGCGGCCCGGCCUCACGUACCACUUCACGCACACGCACAAGGAGCCCGGCGGGGCCCCCGCGCCCGGCAGCGACAACGACUCGCGCGACAGCCGCGCCGCGCACUCGCCCUCCGCCGUCGUGCCCCCCGCCACCGAGUACCAGGACAGCUACGUCACCUUCCUCAACAACCCCGCCGGCACGGGAGGCUCCACCACCGCUAACUCGCCCCCGGCGGGCGGGCUGGCCCCCGCGGCCCCCGCGGGCGCGGCGCCGCCCCCCCGGCGCGCGUCCCCCCCGCCGCGCCCCGCGUCCGCCGACACGUCGUCGUCGGACUCCGCGCACGCGCCGCUCGUGCCCCCCGCGCCCGCCCCCGCCCCCACCACCAGCGCCGCCGACCUCAAGGAGCCCGACACCAAGGAUAUCCAACAGGCAUCACCCUCACCAUACUGCGACUUCUGCCUCGGCGACGACAGGCAGAACAAGAAGACGGGAACGCCCGAGGAACUAGUGAGCUGCUCGGACUGCGGACGGUCAGGUCACCCCACCUGCCUGCAGUUCACGGUGAAUAUGAUAGUGUCGGUCCGCAAGUAUCGAUGGCAGUGCAUCGAGUGCAAGUGCUGCUCCGUCUGCGGGACCAGCGACAAUGACGACCAGCUGCUGUUCUGCGACGACUGCGACCGCGGCUACCACAUGUACUGCCUGGCGCCGCCGCUCGACACGCCGCCCGAGGGCUCCUGGUCCUGCGCGCUCUGCCUCAAGGAGUUCCACUAGGCCGCCGCCCAAAUGGGGGAAAGUAUUAGAGGGGUUACGGUGUGGCUGUUACGUACAACUUGUUGUUCCGGUUUCUGUCACAGAUACGUGACGAAUGUAUAGACGAUGUUGCCAUAGAUUAUAGAAUAGGGUAGCGCUUAGUGUGGAUUUAUGAUAAUCGAUGUGUAAAAAAAAACACAUUUUAACACAAAGAUUUUUUUUUAUAUACAUAUAUUUUUUUUGUACAAAAACCAAUGAUUUUUUUUUUUUAUUUAAGUAGUAUAGGAGCCAAUGAACGAUACAGUAAUAUCAUUAUUUUUCUUAUAUAAUAAAUCCACAUUAAGAUCAAAUUUAUAAAUUUCUUGCGUACUCUAAAUGUAAAAAAUCACGUCUAUAAAUAGUUCUUUCUACCUCUACCGGUGCUUGCUUUAGCUGUUUUUUUUUAAUUUUCGAAAUAAGCCACAGCUGCUAUUGAAAUAGGACUUAACAUUAUUUAUUACGAUUACCACAAAAUGGUGCCAAUACUGUUGUACAUACACCAAACUUAACUAAUUCGAUUGGACUAAAAUUUAACUAGACAUAUAAAUACACAUGGAAAAAAUAUAUAAAAUUCGAUAACAUUUACCAGGUUCACAUAAGUUACAGUAAAGUUUCAACUUACAAACACAAUAGACACAGACCCGCAACACGUGCGCACACAUUCUAC